AUGGCACUCACCCUGCACAUCUCCCUUUUACAAGUUCAAGGCUUUUCUUCAGAAAGAGAUUUUGAAGAGUAUGUUAAGCAAAAGAAUAACGCUAAAAAAGUGUUGGUUGCUAUUAUUUUUGACCAUGAGUUUCAAAAUAGCGAUGAUCCCCUGCCAUUUAAGGUAAAAUAUUUUCUGCGUUUCAGCAGUUUUCAGAGGAACAAGUAUGUGGGUUUUCUCCGAACUGAAGGCUGGCAAACAGGUGUUCUCUUUCCACCUUUUCCUUCUUUGGGACCCAGAAGUGAACGUAAUUCAAAUGGGGGGCGUCCUGGGUACAUCACUGAAGGGUUCCUGGUUAUGCAGCAUGCCUUGGAUCAGGCCAUCAUGAAAUAUUAUAACCACACAGCUACACAAAAGCUAUUCCAAGAUGUCACCGUCUUUGUUCAGAGAUUUCCAUAUCCAGAAUAUUCUCAUGAUUACUUCUUUACCAUUUUUGAUAUUUUCACCCCUUUAGUAAUCUUAUUUAUCUUCUCUAUGAAUCAUCUUACCCUCAUUCAGUCUAUUGUGUGGGAAAAGGAAAAGCGAUUGAAGGAGUAUCUGCUCGUUUCAGGACUCAGUAAUUGGAUGCUCUGGGCUGCCUAUUUCUUCACAUUCCUCUCUUUGUAUUCAUUUAUCAUCCUUUUGCUGUGCAUGAUUUUCUUUGUGAAGAUAGAACCUGUGCCAGUCAUUCAGUACAGUGACCCAUCUCUUGUCUUCGUUUUUUUGCUGUGUUUUGCCAUCGCCACAAUAUUCUUCAGCUUUAUGGUUAGCACGUUCUUCAAUAAAGCACAUUUUGCUGUUUCUGUUGGAGGUUUCAUUUAUUUCGCUACCUACUUUCCAAUUGUUACAGUCUCUACAAACUUUGCGCAAAUGACAUUCACCCAGAAGCUGGCUUCCUGUCUGAGCUUGAAUAUUGCAAUGGCGCUGGGAACUAAAUUCCUUGUCAAGGCAGAGAUGGAGAAAACUGGAAUUAAAUGGAGUAACAUCUUCUCAUCACCCAAAAUGGAGAACUUUGACUUUGCCCACGUACUGGGAAUGUUUUUAUUUGAUGCUUUCAUAUAUGGCCUUGUGGCCUGGUAUAUAGAAGCUGUCUUUCCAGGGGAGUAUGGUGUGCCCAAGCCAUGGAACUUUUUCUUGCUGCGCUCUCACUGGUUUGGGGAAACAACUGAGGAAAAAAAGGAAACAAGGCAAUUUUAUGAAACAAAUGGAAGCAAGUAUUUUGAAGCAGAACCUACUAAUUUGGUGGCAGGUAUCCAAAUCAAACAUUUGUGCAAGGAAUUCCGAGUACAAAAUACUACCAAAAUAGCUGUAAAAGACUUGUCUUUGAAUUUAUAUGUGGGGCAGAUCACUGUUCUUCUAGGACACAAUGGGGCAGGAAAAUCCACUACUCUAUCUAUUCUCUCAGGUCUCUAUCCUGCUACCAGUGGAGAGGUCUAUAUUAAUGGAUAUGACGUCUCACAGCAGAUGGUCCAGAUCAGGAAAAACUUGGGCUUGUGUCCCCAACAAAACUUGUUGUUUGAUUACUUGACUGUGUCAGAACAUCUUUAUUUCUAUUGUGUGGUAAAAGGAAUGCCUCGAAAGGCACGUCUUACAGAAAUUGAUCACAUGCUGGCUGCUUUUAACCUGCUAGAUAAGCGUAAUGCAUUUUCAUGUUCACUGAGUGGAGGAAUGAAGCGCAGACUCUCCAUGAUCAUAGCACUUAUAGGGGGCUCCAAGGUGGUGAUACUUGAUGAGCCAACAUCCGGCAUGGACCCAGCCUCAAGGAGGGCCACUUGGGAUAUUCUUCAGCAGUAUAAACAGGAUCGUACCAUCUUAUUGACCACCCACUAUAUGGAUGAAGCUGACUUCCUGGGUGACCGCAUAGCCAUCAUGGUCAAGGGAUCCCUGCGGUGCUGUGGCUCUUCAGUUUUCCUGAAAAAAAUAUAUGGUGUGGGAUACCACAUUGUCAUGGUGAAGGAAGCUCACUGUAAUGUUGAAGAAAUCUCCAAAUUGCUUCAGGAUCAUAUACCAACAGCCACUUUGGAGAAGAAUGUUAAUAAUGAAGUAUCUUUUGUUCUACCCAAAGAGUACACACACAGAUUAUCGGAUGGAUUCCAGGUGGCCUUAAAUAUACAUUUUGGCAUGGCCCUUUUAAUCAGUGGCUUUUGUCUCCUGACAGUGACUGAACGAGUCACUAAGGCAAAACAUAUCCAAUUUUUGAGUGGGGUUUAUGUCCCUGUGUACUGGCUUUCUGCUCUACUGUGGGAUUUCAUCAUCUUCUUCAUUACCUGCUGCUUACUACUGGGAAAAGUGUCCGAGGAACUAUCUGGAGAAUCUGAUGAUGAGGAUGUACAAAAUGAAAGACAGAGAAUCCUGGGGCAGCCUCAGGAGUUCCUGGAUUCCACAGUACUUAUUAAGGAACUCACAAAGAUAUAUUUUAAGUAUCCAGUCAUUCUGGCUGUGAAAAAUAUCUCUGUUAUAAUCCAAAGAGGAGAGUGCUUUGGAUUGCUUGGAUUCAAUGGAGCUGGAAAAACUACUACCUUCAAAAUUUUGACUGGUGAAGAGACUGUUACCUCUGGGGAUGUGUUCAUUGAGCACGUUAGCAUCACUAAAAGUCUUCAAAAGGUGAAGUCAAGAGUUGGCUAUUGUCCUCAAUCUGAUGCAUUGUUGGAAUACAUGACUGGUCGGGAAAUAAUGAUCAUGUGUGCCAGAUUAUGGGGAGUCUCUGAGCCCCAGAUUCAGCUGUAUGUGAAUAAAUGGUUGAGUUCAAUGCAACUGGAACCCCAUGCUGACAAGCUUAUCAGAACCUACAGUGGAGGAACCAAACGUAGGCUGAGUACUGCUAUUGCCCUAAUGGGAAAGACCUCAGUCGUUUUGCUGGACGAACCGUCAACUGGUAUGGACCCUGUAGCCCGACGCCUGCUCUGGGAUGUUGUGACAUGGACACGUGAAAGAGGCAAAGCCAUCAUUAUAACUUCCCAUAGAAUGGAGGAAUGUGAUGCGUUCUGUACCAGGCUGGCCAUCAUGGUACAGGGAAAGUUCCUGUGCCUGGGUAGCCCUCAACAGCUCAAAAACAAGUUUGGCAAUAUUUACAUCCUGAAGGUCAAGGUCAAGAUUGAUGCGCAGGAGGAUAAACUGGAUGGUAUCAAGUAUUUCAUCACACUGACAUUCCCAGGUAGUGUAUUAAAGCAGGAGAAUCAAGGGAUCCUUACCUACUACAUUCCCAGCAAGGACAACAGCUGGGGAAAGGUGUUUGGUAUUCUGGAGGAUGCUAAAGACCAAUUCAAUUUAGAAGACUAUUCCAUCAGUCAGAUAACGCUGGAACAAAUCUUCCUUGCCUUUGGUACCCCAGAGAACACAGAAGAAGGAAAGAAGAAGAAAUGAAGAGGAGAGGGAGACAGAGAGCUCUUUCUCAGAUCUUGUUUGGGCACACGGAAUCCCCCAUAAGCCACAUGAGAAAUCUAAUCACUCUCAAGAUUCAUGGGCAGAUGAGCA